AUGCCUAUCUCUUUAAGACGUCUUUUUGCUACAUUUCUCACGCUUUGCAACCCUAAUGAUUCGAAGUUCCUAUGGGAUAAAUUCAAAGUUUACAUGAUUGAUGAUUACGUGCAUGAAAAUAUUCAGGUAGAGGUUGCUGAAGUAAAAGCUCUACAGGAUAUUAAUUUUAUUUUAGAAUCGUUAGGUAAAAACAUAAAUGAGUAUGGAUUAGUAUCGUUUGAUGUAAAUAUAGAUGAGGAUGAAAGGUUGAGAAGAAUGGUUGCAGAGGAGACAAUUAAUUUUGAUGUUCAAGGGGGAUAUGCUUAUGCAUCAACCUUAAAUAAUGAACAGCAGUUUGCAUAUGAUAUAAUUAUGGAGAAAGUAAAAUUGGAAUUAGGAGGCACUUUCUUCAUUGAUGGUCCAGGUGGAACAGGCAAGACUUUUUUAUACAAAGCACUUUUAGCUAGUGUAAGAUCACAAAAUUUAAUUGCCUUGGCAACUGCAUCCUCUGGAGUAUCUCCAUCUUUAUUGCCAGGAGGUCGAACGGCUCAUUCAAGAUUUAAAAUUCCUUUGGAAACAAUUGGUGAAAUUAUUUGUCCUAUUAGCAAGCAAUCAGCAUUGGCAACUUUGUUCAAAAUGUGUAGAUUAAUAAUUUGGGAUGAGGCACCUAAGGUAAAUCGUUGUGCUGUUGAAGUUGUAGAUAAAAUGCUUAGAGAUAUUACCAAUUGUAAUUUUCCUUUCGGGGGAAAAGUUAUAGUUCUCAAAGGAGAUUUUCGCCAAAUUUUACCAGUGGUACCUAAAGGAAAAGAAGAAGACAUUAUAAAGGCUAGCUUAGUUUUCUCUAAAUUAUGGCCUUUGUUUUUUCAUUUACCAUUAAUCCAAAAUAUGAGAGCAAAAUUAGAUCCUGUAUUUUGUGAUUAUUUGCUUAGAAUUGGAAAUGGAAUAGAGCAAGAACAUGAUUGUAAAUGUAUUAAGCUUCCAAAUAGUAUAAUUUUACCAUUUGAGGAUGAGAUUUCGUCUUUAAAAAACUUAAUACAUCAUGUUUUUUCAAAUAUAGAAGAAUAUGUUGAUAAUUUACAUAUGAUGGUUAAUCGAGUUAUUCUUACUCCCAGAAAUGACUGUGUUGAUCAUAUUAAUAGAAUUUUGUUGGAGCAGAUUCCUGGACAAAUUUUCACAUAUUAUAGUUUCGAUGAAGCAAUUGAUCAGUCAGAACAGAGCCUACAAGAAGACUUGUUAAAUAGUUUAACUUUAAAUGGUAUACCACCACAUGAAUUAAACCUUAAGCGGCACUUUCAGCCAUUGAAAGUAAGUAUGCUGGCUAAGUCUUUCUGCAUGCCUCUUGUUUCUAUCCAUGUUGGGAAGAUCGGCAAGCAAUGGAGCUUCUUAUGUCCAACAUCCAUGAGGUAG